AUGUUAAAAAGAAUUGCAUUUAAUGACAAAUUCAGUGCAUUAAAAAUAUUAAUAAUAUGUGGAAGGUUUGGGAUGCCUCAGCAACAGCCUCCACAUGGACAAGGUGGCCAUCCCUUCAACAGCCCACCCUUACCUGGUGGCCCUGGCCCUCGUGGGCCUCUACACGGCCCCAUGAACCCUAUGGGGGGUAUGGGAGGAGGAAUGAACAUGAUGGGCAUGGGUGGUGGAGGUGGUGGGGGCAAUAUGGUGGGUGGUCACACAGGUAUGCCUCCGCAAGGACAGUUCCCUCCUCCACAAGAUGGCCCAUACCCUGGUUCAAGUCCUCCUGUUGGUGAAGAGGGAAAGAACUUUGGUGGUCCAGGUGGUGGUCCACCUGUUCCCUCUCAACAGCAACCACCUAACCUUAAUCCCUCCGGUCCUCCAUCCAACAAUGCCACUCCUGGUCCAUCCCCAGCCCCUGGACCCCCACAGCCUGGAGGAGGUUUCCCAGGUCAUCCAGAUGUCCAACAACCCAACCCUAACACUCCAGGUCAACCCCAGUCAGCUCCUCAGCCUCCCAAUCCCAACUCGUCCCCCACAGGCCCACAUAAUGGUCCCCAGCCUCAACAAGCACCAACCAAUCAGCAUCCUCCACCCAACUCCACUGGUGGCCCUGGCCCCAACACCCCAUCCAACCAGCAACAACCAACGCCACCAAACUCCGCUCCAGGUUCGGCGCCCUACAACCAGCAGAACAACGCUCCUGGAGGUCCAAUGCCAAACCAGCCACCCAACUCUAACCAGAACAACCUUAACAACAGCAGUGGUGGCAACACUCCAGGUAGCAACCCCAAUCCUCCAUCCAACUCUACGCCCAACACCCAGUCCCCACUUCCCAGUGGGCCAGCUCCACCAGCUGCUGGCCCAGGCUCUGGUCCCCCAAAGCUAGGUGGAGGCAUGGUGUUCCCUUGUGGCCUCUGCCUGUCUGAAGUCCACGAUGACCAAGAAGCCAUCUUGUGCGAGGCCUCCUGCCAACGAUGGUUUCAUAGAGACUGCACAGGCCUAACUGAGCCAGCAUAUGGGCUGCUAACCAGAGAGAGUGCUGCGGUGUGGGCUUGCGACUUCUGCCUCAAGACAAAGGAGAUUCAAGCGGUUUACGUGCGCCAGGGACUGGGACAACUGGUCGCAGCAAAUGAUGGCUAAAGGAUAGAAGAAGAUUGGGGAAGAGGGAUGUAUGAUUUAUUUCUUGGUGCUUCAUGUCUUGUUUCAUGGUGAGAAAGUGAAAUGGAAGCGAAGAAUUAAUCCACCAGAGGCGAGCGUGACAUGCAGAUAAAACUGAACUUCUUAAUCUGUUGUUACUUCUUGCAUUUGUUUCUUCACAGACCUCAUAAGCACUUUUAGGGCCCAUGUCUCUGAUUAAAAAGCAUUGUACCAGAUGUUGGAAAUGUUUGUGUAUAUAGAAUAUCAUGAUACAUUUUCAAAAUUCAGCUGUUUUUGAUUGAUGUUGCACUCAUAGGUCUUCAUUUCUCCUUGGUGACAAAUUUGGAGAAGCAGCUUGAUUCUGGCCACAGUACAAAAUAAAUUUAACCUUUUGUGUGAUUAUACCCAAGAUCAGCCUCCAAAAAACUGUCCAAUUUCCUCCCCAAGCCCCCAAAUCCAACUUCUUGAUCUGCAAAGCACUGACGCCAACUUGCUACCUCAAAAUUUUGACAUGUCUGGCUAAGAAUGCUUUAAGUCAAGAGUGUAUAGUCACCACACAACCUCUCCUCUGUGAUCUCCAUUUCAGUAUAUCCAAAGGAAUAUGGCAGCGUCCUGGAAAAGGCAUAUAAUAAGUGUAGAUAAUCAACAUUUCACUGUAUGCGUUGUUGAACACAUGAGCGAUCUGACAGAAAUUGGAGUCCUGUGAUUCUUUAAACUCUAAGAUUGUUUCUCUUCAUGUACAGCUGCUCACUGUUCUUGACACAAAGUGGAGAAUGAUGGCUGGUGGCAGUGCCGAUACUGGUAAUCCAUAACCAUAUCAGUGUGUGUAUGUAGUCUUUGGAUUGCAUGUGAACCAAUGCAGUACUUUGUCAGAGCUGUUUUUAAUUGUUACAUUUACUGUUCCAGUUUGGCCUCAUCCUGGGCUAUGAAGUAACCAAAUAACAGAACGAAAUCAAAUGUUGUCACAGAGUGAGAUGUUUGCAGUUUCUUCCUUUUUUUUUAUUUCUACAUUUCUGUCCAAGUUGCCUUUUUCUUGUUACUUUUUAUGUACCGGUGUGUAUGCUGUUCAAUGUGCUUGCUCUGGUGCCCUCCAUUCGCCAGCAUUGUGCAGUAAUAUGGGGGGUGUUCUGGCCUCUGGCACUGUACUGAAAGAAGUAAACUGAAUUGUUUUUUUA